GAUAACAGCGAGAGGGCACAAUUUUGUUCGCGUCCUUUCUUGCCCAGAAAGUGUGUUUUCCCGUUAAGCACGUUACGCUUGCCAGGACUUCUGCGGUAACGUCAAGAUUGACAAUUCCUCACCAAAUUGCAACGCAUUUCCAAACCACUUCCUACCGAAAGCACAACAAAAUCUUAUACGUCUGGUAAUUCACUGUGAGCACUUCUCUGAGAAUUUGUAUCGUAAGGAGAUCGGUGAAUACAGACGGAAGGGAAACAACACUGAAGAAAGAAUGGUACAAAAACUGCUUCUGUACUUUUGUGCGGUUUUACACACUUUCACCUGUGCCAACGGAUCAAACGUAACAGCAGCAUAUUCAUCACGUUAUCCUUUUGAGGAUAGGGCUUUAUAUUUUCCAAAGAAAGGAGUCAGUGAUUUUAUCAGCGUAACGGGAAUGCCAAGUUUGACGAAAUUCACCGUGUGUUUCUCGAUGAAGUCCAGCGAUUCACAAGGAACUCCUCUCAGCUAUGCUGUGCCACAAGAGUACAAUGAGCUGGUCAUUGACUACGACAGAAAUGGGUUCCUGCUGACAAUUAGAGCAUUUCCCAGAAGAAUAUCUGUAUCCGCCAACGAUGGCCUCUGGCACCACAUCUGUGUUUCCUGGCAAGGAAAUUCAGGAUCAUGGAAAUUCUACAUCGAUGGGAAUAUGACGGAUCAGGGUAAAAAUCUCGGGAAAGGCCACGUGAUAACACCUGGUGGCUUCUUGAUGCUGGGUCAAGAACAAGAUUCACUUGGGGGCGGGCUCUCGCGCUCCCAGUCUUUUCAAGGGAUGCUUUCAAACUUUAACAUAUGGAAUGUAACACUUUCUUCUGAACACGUGAGAAAGAUGUCGCAAAAGUGUAUAAUAGAUGAAGCUUCAAAUGACAGAGUGUUUCAGUGGCAGGAUUUCGUUGAUGGAUCUCGUAAAGGAGAAGUAAGGCUGGUGAAAGCUUCUCCUUGUAAGACGAUAGAGUCAAUCUGGAGUGCUUGGUCGAAAUGUAGCAAGACCUGUGGUGAAGGAACUCAGACACGCACACGUGAGUGCAGGUACCAAAACUGCGCUGAAAUGAGGGUGUGCCAACCUAUUAAACCGUGUUCAGUGCCUGGCAGUAAGAUCCAAGUUAAUGGCAUCAGUUCCUCAUCUCUCCUUGUCAAUUGGACUACUAAAUGGCAGAGGCUCUGGCCUCGCGAACUAAGGAAGAUUCAAAUAAUAUACAACACCUCAGAGAAUGAAACAGCUCAAAAUAUCACGGUGAAUCCAUUGAUCAAAUUUGUGGAACUACGAGGUCUUUUGCCUUUUACGAAAUACUGCGUCAGAGUUCAAAUUGUAACUCACGAAGGGGCGGGAAAGCCAUCAACUUGUGCUCUUGGGAAAACGCAACAGAGUGUCCCCCGCAGCCCUCCAACAGGUCUUGCAGCAAUCAAUUUCUUCAGUCCAUCCAGACUCUACGCGACAUGGAAAUCAUUACCUGCAGCUUAUUGGCAGGGGAUCCCAACAGGGUAUUCUAUAAGGUUUCAAGUAAAACAUACUAUCCAUGAAGAAAACGAAACAUGGACUGGGGAAUUCCUCGUUCUGCCAUAUUCAACAAAGGCAUUACUUAAAGGACUUCAAACAUAUGCAACUUACAGCCUAAAGAUUGCAGCUGUCACCGAAAUAGGCCCAGGCCCGUACAGCGAAGAAAUUCUUAUAGAAACGUGCCGAUGUCCCAAAAAGAUAUAUGUGAACUGGGUAAAACUUCCACAGCUUUGUGUUACGCAACACUCACAAAACAAGAAAGUUCCCGGUGGAGUUUUUCCUGAAUUGGUUUAUGAAAUGAUACAUCAUGUUUGCGGCACAUGUCAUCAAUAUGAAAGAACAGAAAUAAUUUUUAAUGAAGUGAACGGCAAUUUUGAAGAUAUGACCAGUGCACCCGAUGAACUUAUGCAUCUGAAUAUGCCUAUCAAGAUAUUGCCCCAAGAACCAACCUCUGGGGAGGGGUGGAGACUUUUACCUCUGGUGGAGGUACCAGGGUUUGUACUCGUGAUGAGGAAGCCCAGUACUGACACGUAUGCAGUUUUUCUUAAGUCUUCUGUCCUAGGUUGCUGGCCUGCUUUUGCCAUGAUGUUUGCCAUGUAUCUCACUUUUGGGUUGGCAACCUGGACUGUGGAGAUGCACGCGAAUCCUAAACAUUUUCCGCCGCGUUUUUCGCGAGGCUGGAGGGAAGGAGUUUGGUGGUCUUUUGUUUCCAUGACAACUGUCGGGUAUGGUGAUCGUCAUCCAGUAUCAGUGCUUGGAAGGCUCAUAAGCAUUGUCACUUUUCUUGUGGGUGUCGUCAUUAGCGCUUUAUUUGUAUCAGCUCUAUCGUCACUGCUCAUGGUUUUCACAAUCAAUACGUUAACCAAUCCUGAGCAGGGAAAAGCGAUCGGCGUGAUCAAUGGUUCCCUUGAACAUCGUUAUGCUCUGCGAAUCAAUGGAAGCAAAGGCACGCAUUACUACACAAGGAAUACUUUGGUACCUGAUCUUAAAUCAAAAGCGUUGGAUGGUGCUUUAAUGGACUUCAUGUUCGUGAACUCUUUUAUGAAGGACUUGGACGAUCCUGACUUUAGAGUUUAUAAAAUUGUUCCAAACAGGUUUUAUUAUGGAAUAAAAUUAAUUGGAGAAGCAAGGCACUAUCUCGGAGCGUUCAAGGAAUAUUUGAAAAUGAUGCCUAUUGAGAAUAGACUAGGGAAGCCAAAAGUAGACCAGGAACCUUUAGAUCAUUCUACAGAAGCCACACCGACCAUGGAAGCAAUAAAAUUUUCUGACCCAAGGAGUUUUCUUUACAAGAAAACUUUAGAAGUGGUUAGUUUUGGUCUGAUCACAGUGGUUACAGGUGGCCUCGCCUACCACGCAAUGCAGAUAUGGCUGAAAAGGAACGUAAAGCAUGCUAAUAAUAAAAAAGAUGGUCAACUGAAAGCUCCUUCUAGUGAUCCUCAGCUCAAACCAGACGAGAUCAGGGCACAAAUGAGCCAGCUUUUGGAUGAAUUUUACGAUCGAUUUCAGAAGGCAUAUCUCGCUCUUAAACUUAAGCACAGAAAAGAACUGUUAAAAUUUCGACAGAGAAGAACUUGUUCUGUGCGAGCUGCACGAAAUAGCUCUACAAAGUACAUCUUAGCACAACAGGUGUGAGAUUGAAAGAAAAAAAGAGCGAUAGCAUUUGCAAGCAAUCAUACCUUCCCGUACAAAUACCCUUAAAAGGCAGAUUGUGUGCGCGGCAGUGAAGGUACCGAUACACAGCCUGCAAGUGAAAAAGAUAUCCCUUUUUUUUAGGCGUGAAAUAGGAUUUUUACUUUGUAUAUUUAUUUAUUUAUAAUUUUUUCUAAUGAUGGCAGGGUCACGUGCAAAUAUCGAUUACGCUUUAUCUCAAGGUGUCCCUGAAGUGCUCCUUAGGUGCCCCUGAUACAGAAAGGUAAUCGCUUUUGUUCUUACUCGAUAAAGACUUACCCCUUUGUUCAUGAAAAUAAAUUUAGCCUAAUUUCUCUGAGUCAGGCCAACAAAAUUAUGUACGACAACGUUAGUCAUUAAAAAAAAGACCUAAGGGACACUCUUCAAGUGAUCUUAAAGGAUUGCUUCAAGCAAUACAACACAUUUAGUUUUUUUAUGUGCACAAGACACCCGAAAUACUGGUUUUGGUGAUUUACGAGGUUAGAUUAAAAUAACAGAAACAAAAAUCUAUAAACACCUCUUUCUUACUCGAUAAUAGCAUGUAAAUUGAUUAGCUUCAAACAUUAGAGAUUGUCCAAUAUAGUGGCCCCUGCUGUCCCGGACCGUAAUUUGUUUCAUCAUGUGUACGUCUGGAGUAUAGCUGUCAUUAUGAAAUACAUCUUUCGUCAAAAAAAAAACCACUUAUUUUAAAAAAAACUUCAUAAAAAAAGAUGUUUUGUAUUUUAUGCGAGAUAUAACAUAAAAUAGAUUAGCUUUUUUGGCAGUGAAAUGAAUGGAGUACAUUAAGUAAGUCGAAAUCGUGACCGUAACCAGAAAUUAAAUAAACGGGCAGUCCUGACUUAAUGGUUAAAGAAUUCAUAAGAAGGCACUCGUUGGUAAGUAAACGUGUUUCCCACGUUUAAAGACAAUUUUCACAGAAUGGAGCCGGUUUUAAAACGGCCAGUAUAUAUAAUCAUACACGACUUGGAAGAUGAAAAGGAUAAAAACUGAGGCAGCUUUAUGGCGGUGACUAUGGAUCGCGAUGCUAUAAGUCUGUAAAAUAUCCAGUAACUCAAUGAUAACGAAAGAAAGAAAGUAAAACGGAAAGAAAGAAUCGAAGAGAGCAUAGGAAGAGAUAACGAAAGAAAAAAAAUUAAAACGGAAAAAAAGAAAAGCAGAGAGCAUAGGAAAAAGGAAGCAUGCACUCGAAAAGUUUAAAAAUCGAAUUAAAUUUAUGCUCAAACUAUAAUUAUAAAGCUACGCCAAGGAAAGAUAUUCAUAUGCAUGACAUGGAUAAAACAUUGCAACAUGGUAAAUUCUUUAACUUUUGUUUCUUUUUUAUGAUUUUUCAAAUCCCCAUUUUUGACUUUAGGGCAUAAUUCUCGGAUCUCGCUGUGCUAAAGUCCAUAUGUGAUGACCCGGACCCAGAUCAUGAUACUUCUUCUUCCUGUACUCCCACUCAGUCGUUACAUAUCUCACUUAACGUGUUAGGACAUUUUUUUUGUUUGCGAUUAAGAUUUUUAGUAUCCAUAAAACAUUUUACUACUUUAAGUUAGUUGAAAUGUUAACAAAUUGAAAUUACACAUAUUUUUUCUUUUCACUUCAUCCCACGGUCGUGACGAGACGAAAAAAAAAAUGUUCUCCUUCUCAUAGUUUCACUUGUUGAAUGAAACUAGAAUUCAAUUAAAACAAUAAAUUUUUGUAAGUGAACUUGAUUUUACCCUCAAAGAGUUAGGUAAAAUUUGUUCUUAUUGAUUCAAAAAUCUAGACUUCAACAUGUCAUCUCUGGGUAAAAUAAGGUUAAAGAUGCCGUGAUAGUUCGAGUCCGCGGGUUAUACCCGAUUGAUUUAAGUGAAAUACAACAAUUUGCUGUCAAAGGGGUCAUAAUUUUUACGACUAACAGAUAAAAUUUUGGCCUUUUCACGGCUAACGGUUGAUUUCUUUCCGAUAUGGUUUAAAUAAACCUUUUUUACAAGCAACGGUUAAAAUGUGUCAAUUUUUAACGGCUAAGUAUUUUUAUGCCGUCUUAAGUCAUUACUUCAUCUCCACUUGCCACUAAUGUUCACUAAUACUCGCUUCGUACUUACUUAGUUCAAUUAAAAAUACUUUUCCCUGAUAGUAGCUUCAAAAUAUUUGAACAUAUAUAUAAUUGUAUAUUCAUAGAUUUCCAUUGCAUACUUACUCUUCCUAUCAAAUCUUUCUUUGUCUCUCUCUUUCCUCUUCGCCGUCUAUCUUUCGUGAGCAAAACCAGUGCGGUUCAACUAAAUACUUGGGUUCUUAAGUCAGGCUGCCCGUUUGUGGAAUUUCUGAUUUAUGCAGAUCGGCUAAAAUUUUUCUCCCGGUCAUGGUCUCGGCUUUUCUUUUUUUCACUACCAUAAUAUGUGAAUUAUCCUAGACGUCGUGUGCCAUCAUGGAUUGACAAUUAAAACAGUGUUUUCAUUUGUUACAGUUUGAUAACAGAGUCAGUUUUUCACCUCCCACUGUAUUUACAGGGGUGUUGCGUAGGUGAAGAUUUGUAUUGAAACUUGCAUUUUUGAGGUGACCGUAGACAUUUAAGUUUUCAAUAAUUAUUGGUAAGAUAACUUUUCAAGUGCGUUUUACAUAUUUUUCGAAUAUAAACUAUAAAGUAAUUAUUCAAUUAAGCCAAUACUUGAAAUCCAAUCAUAACUGAAAUAGAUGAAAGGGGCGUCUUUAAUGCUGGCUAGUCUCUCACGAAUCCCAUGGUUGUUGUUUUUCGCUAUCUCUAUUAGCUAUGACUUUGUUUAACUAGUACUAUUAACUUCAAAAACAUGCUCAGUUAAUUUAAUAAGGCAGUCAGUUUGUUAUUCAAAAUGUUAUUAGCCAUUCUUUGUGAGUAUGUGUUUUCUUAAUAUUUUUGUUUUG